AUGUCUCUGAAUGACAAAGACCUGGUACCUGCAGUGGGGAACCUCUCCCCGGGUCAGCUGCAGUCUCUCUUCAAGAUGGAGCCCAAGACUCUGGGGGCGAUCCAGAUCGUUAUUGGGGCUCUGAUUCUUUGUCUGAGUGCCUCUGUGCUCCAGAUCCACGAGGUCCACUUUACAGGAGACGUGGCCCUCUUCCUGAUAGUUGUCAUACAGGUGACCUUGUCUGGUUCAGUGUUGGUCCACAGUGGGAGGAAGCCUACUCUCUUUUGGGUGAAAUGUGUCCUGGUGCUGCAUCUCAUCAGUGCUGCGUUUGCCACCGCUGCCCUGGGUCUGAUGUCCAAACACCUCCCCUACCGCCAGGACUCUUACCACUGUGAACACUGCCGCAGACUGGAGCUACAUGCCGUGCAACAUUGUUUCAGGAAAUGCACUGGGCUGAUCGAGCAAAAGUGUAAACUGUUGAUUGACGGGAUCCUGGGCACACUGGUGAUCUUCCUGGUGCUGGAGCUGUUGAUCUGUAUCACUGCCAUGCUGUUCGGACUCAGUGUCCUUGCUGCUGGUGGAACCCAGGCUCCCAGCCACAGACCUGUCUAUCCACAGACUCGCCCACCACCUGUUCCAGCUGUGCAGGUUGUUCCAGCUGCAGCUGAGCCAUCUCAGGUGGCUGUAGUUGUGACUGAACCAGAUUCAGAGCAGGGGGAGGACAUCUCCACCCCCCCCACUGAACCCCAGGUGGAGCCGAUAGAAGCUGUGACCUCAGAGCCCUGAUCUCAGCACACACUGCGGUGUCAUGUCAUGUCAGUCAGAGGGUAAAUAUGGAUGUUAAUUUGGGAAAACUACUCCUGCUGCUCGUUGUAAUUAGGACUCAGUUAUCUCCCAUUUAGCUCGAUGGCUCAUGUAUCAACUCAGGGGACAAAGGGACAACAGAUCAGCGGAUGGCAGCAGUUUAAGAUGAUGCAAACACAGGGUUCCCACACGUCCUGGAAAACCUGGAAAUUUAGAGACUAGUUUUCCAGUCAUGGAAACACCUGGAAAUUGAUUAAAAUGACCAAAUAUCCUGGAAAUAAUCAGUGUUGUCCUGGAAAUUUUUUAUUGUAUUUUAGGCCCUGAUUCAGAUCGCCUCUGUAAACCUGGGUGCAUUUUAUGUUUGGAACUCGACUGUUGGUAGGACGACACUUCAGAGUGGGGGUAGCAGACGUGAAGCAGAACUGACCUACAGCGAUCUUUUCGCCAUCAACUCUGUAUCUACAUCUAUGUUAUAUCUAUGUGCAUUCAGCCUGUUAAUGAAAUGUACUAUUGUUGUUUUUAAUUGUACAUGCAAUGGACACUGACUCUCUACUUCUUAUUUUAGUAGGCUACAGUGUUGGUCUUGUUACUCCAAAAUUUUUAUUAAUUAGUCAUUACUCGUUACUCUUUUCAAAAGUAAUAUUAUUACUUUACCCAUUACUCCCUGCCAACAGUAAUUUGUUUUAUUUAUUUCUGCUUCACCCCACAGAAUUGGUAAUUGUGUCCUUUCUCCCAAAAAUUCAGACCCAAAAUCCAGUUUUGUUUGUUAAAUGGGAAUAUAAUGGGAAUACUUCCAACAGCUGAAUGUAAGCAUUUCCAUCUACCGAGCUAAUUUCUUGCUUCCUGAUGUGCACGAUUACAAAAAUGAAUCUAUGGAUGUGAUCAGAUUGUUGGAUUUUAAAUCAGCAGUGGGGUGACAACAAAAGUAAGGUUGUAACUAGUUACAAUCAGUAACUACAAAAAAAAUAAGGGUAACUGUAACAGUAUCACUGUAAUUUAUUAGUAAUUAGUUACUGGGGAAAGUAAUAUUAUUACUGUAAUAUCAUUAUUAGUAAUACCUUAGCACCCAAGACUCAUAGGCUCAUAGGUGAGAAGAUACAUUUAAAAAAUAUAAAUAAAAUAAAUAAAUUCUACUUGACCUGUUUCAUAUGGGCUGUGGAAAAAUUAGUGUUACAGUUAGAGGAAAACUGCUGGAAAGUGUUACCAAUUUGCAGAAACUGCAGCGGAAAAAUCGGCACCUGGAAGCGAGCAGGAAGUGUCCUACAAACACUAAAACUGGAGUUAAAUGUGUCAAUACUAGGCUUGCCGGGAAAUUAUAUGAAGGCUGUCCUAUAUUGUCAAAAAAAAUCCUGGAAAAUUAUUUCUUAAAAAGUGUGGGAACCCUGAAAUAAUAAGGAUAAAAAUAUAUAUUAAUGUCCCAACACGUUUUACACAUAAACAACAGGUUGCCAUCCUGUCCCUUUACUUCUGGCAUGACAUGAACAUCAGCACCAGUGUUAGCGCUGCUGCACCCACAGUACAGUAUGUUGUGAUUGUGAUAUGGAUCAUCAUGGUGUUAUUGGUCAUUUAUUCUUCCAAUACAAAGAACACUAAAGUCAGUAUAGUCAGAGAAAUAAAAAAGACAAGCAUGGGAAGGCAAAGACGGUGGUCCCUGUUGGUAUGUUGAAUAUAUAUUCACUUCACUAAUAGUGUGCACAUUUUGUAUUUAUUAGAACAAAGGCAGAUUCAACAUGCAACAUAAAACUAAUCUUUUAACUAAUUUUAAACUUUAAGCCAUUAUAGAAUGAAUUGAUGAAAGAAUAUUACAGCAGUCGAUCUUCUGUCUAUUGUCCAUUCAUACUUAAGAUCUGAUAUCUUGAGAUUAAAACUUAAAGAAGUAUUCCAAUGAUGUAGUGCUUCCAUAAAGUUUCUCCUUUGGGGACAAUUAAAUCUAUUGAUGUCUUAAAAACCUCUUGUCUCCAAGCCCAAAUUACAGUCACCCUGAAGACAUCACAAUGAUAUAAUUAUGGUUAUAUUUAACAUUUGAUUAACCUGUUUAUGUACAUUAAAGCUGCAGUAGAUU